CAGCCUCCAGCCCCAGUGCAGCUCGGUCUGCAGCUGGAGACGCUGAGUGUGCGAGUGGGAGAUGGACUGAGUGAGGGCGCUCUUCCGACCAGCGCUGCCGAUAGCAUUGAAAUACCCACAAGCUAGGCUCCAAUCACUGACGAUCCCAGGUCGCAGAAUCAACAAGAGAAAAACACGGCACCGUUUUCAGUCUUUCACAUCCCACUCCCAACACACUAACACGGCAUUGAUGGUAAUGUAUGCGAGGAAACAACCGAGACUCGGCGAUGGGUGCGACCGAAGAGAUUCUCAGCCCUAUCAGACUCUCAAAUACUCAUCCAAGAGCCAUCCAGGAGGGGACCACCGACAUGAAAAGAUGCGAGACUCCUCAGAUGUCACUCCUCCCUGCAAAAUGCUCCGGAGGUCUGACAGCCCUGAAAACAAACACAUCGACAGCACGGGGCACAGCAGAGCAAAGGCUGUCCACACACACCGGGCCAGGGACAGGGAUGGAGGGACCAGUUUUUCCCCUCAAGAAAAUUCUCACAACCACAGCUCCCUUCAUAGCUCCAACUCGCAUUCAAACCCCAGCAAGACCUCAGACACAUCCUACGAACCUGGUGACGACUGGUCAGAGCACAUCAGCUCUUCUGGAAAGAAAUAUUACUACAACUGCAGGACAGAAGUGUCCCAGUGGGAGAAGCCCAAAGAGUGGCUUGAGAGAGAACAGAGGCAAAAAGAGGCAACAAAGACUGCAGUUGUCAACAGUUUUCCCAAAGACAGGGACUACAGAAGGGAGGCUAUGCAAGCAUCGGCAGCCCCAACUGGUUCCAAGUCAGCCCAGGUGGAGAAGCCCACAGCGACCCAUGCCACCCAGUCUCAGUCAUCAUCCUCGGGUUCAGGGAGCUUGAACCCAUCAUCAGGGCCCGCUGGAUCGUCGGCCUCCACGGUGCCUGUGUCCCCAGUCCUGCAGUCGUCUGCCCCUCCGCUACUUCAAGACCCCACCCUGCUUCGCCAGCUUCUCCCAGCACUUCAGACUGCCCUGCAGCUCAACAAUGCCAGUGUGGACAUGGCGAAAAUCAAUGAAGUUCUCACAGCUGCUGUCACACAAGCAUCAUUACAGUCGAUGCUCCAUAAGAUCCUCACUGCUGGACCAUCGGCUUUCAAUAUCACUACUAUCCUCUCUCAAGCUGCUCAACUCUCCAGCCAAGCAGCUCAGCAAUCCAACCAGUCACCAAUGUCAUUAACAUCGGACGCCUCAUCGCCCAGGUCCUAUGUGUCUCCGAGGAUCAGCACACCCCAGACCAACGCUGGUCCUCUAAAGCCCCUCCUCAGCACGCAGCCCGUCAUCUCACAGUCAAAAUCAGUGAAGCAGGCGUCUCAUCCUCAGCCCACAUCCCAGCAUCCCCUCUCCAGCGAUAAGCAGCACAGUCAUGAUGCCACCACGGCCUCCCCACGCACACUGCAGCGCCAAGGCAGUCAGAGGAGUCCCUCUCCGGGUCCCAACCAUGUUGCCUCCAGCAGCAGCAAUGCCCCCAACUCUGCCUCCGCUCCCCCAACCGCCUCAGCAGCCCGGCCCUCCUGCUCCUUCACCCCCACCCUCGCUGCCCACUUCAAUGAGAACCUUAUCAAACAUGUGCAGGGUUGGCCUGCUGAACACGCAGAGAAGCAGGCGUCAAGACUACGUGAAGAGGCACACACCAUGGGCAGCAUCUGCAUGUCCGAGAACUGCACUGAGCUCAAAAACCUCCGGUCUCUGGUCAGAGUCUGUGAAAUCCAAGCAACAUUGCGUGAGCAGAGGAUACUGUUUCUGAGACAGCAAAUCAAAGAACUUGAAAAGUUGAAGAAUCAGAAUUCUUUCAUGGUCUGAGAACUUCUGGUUAAGAGUUGGAAGCGAGCGCUGUUGGAAAUGAGGGGGGAGAGACCCAUUGCACAUAGUUGGAAGCUGGCGGGGAGAGAGAGCAGUUGUUCAGUUCCUCUUGAGCCCAGUCUUAACACAUACACACAUACACACACACACAGGAGCUGCAGUUGGGUCGCCUUGGACCGUUGUGCUGGGGGAAACCAAGGGGGAUAAAAAAUGAAGAGCUGCUGUGGGAGAAGGGGGAGGGCGGGGGCGAUUUACAAGUUUUUGUAAAAAACCCUUGACGGAAAAAAAUGUAGAUUUCUUGUAGAUGUUAUUAUCUAUGUUGUAAAUAUGUUUUGUAGAUUGAAGCCAUGGAAAGCCAUGCCUAUCAAAGCUUUUGACAUCCAAACUAAUCAACACCUAGGCGGCUACAUUCAUUAGCUAGCCUUUCCUUCAUGUUAACUCGUCUGCAGACUUAAAGCUUCAUUUCGUCAGUUCAUAGAUCAUUGAACCAGUGAGCAUGUGUGGCCUGCAUGUAAACAGAGGAGGAUGUUUGAAGCCAUUUAUUAACAUAAAGCAUAAUAACACACUGGUGUCAAAUUUAGGUCUUUUCCUCAAAUCUUGGUAAACUGACAACUCUGUCCCGACUCUCUUCCUCUGGGUGAAGUGUGACUCAGGCGCGGUGAGCGUCCCCUCUCUGCAGGUAGAUUCCCAACUGCUCACAGUGGUUCAGUGAUCUAUUAGCAGCUUCUGGUGGCCCUGCAUUUCCCAGUCUGAAAAAAAACAGUGCCUGGUGGUGUGGUGGAGUGACUGAUUUAAAAAGAAAAACACAACAAAAUCGACAAAAAAAAAAAAUUAGAGAUGUGAUGGCGUGCUGCUUUGGACCAUUCCCACUACCCUCUCCCUGGCCUCAGCCCUGCCGCACCGUCUCCUGAAGCUACACCUACACUACUAUGUUUUCAUUUGAAAACGCAUCAACUCUGCUGCGGAUAUGCCUGCCGUCCACGCUGCUCCGGAGUUAUAGAGCGGCUUAAACAGAAGCUUGGAAACGCUGCUGGCCCUGUUUAAGUUUGAAAACUCCAGGGCUGCAUUUUUUUCGGGAUGGACAGAUAUUUGAGAUGUGUGGAAACGAUGACACUCAAAAACGCUUGCUGAUUGGGUCGUAGCCUUCUCUGAUUUAUCAGGUUCCUAUCACGUGGCCCACUUCUGGAAGAAAACAACCGGCAUUAGCCUCAGCUACCAGUGUAGAACGCAACAUGGAUAAUACAUUACAAGCGUUGCUGAUCUUGUUGUCUUUGCCAACAGCUGGUAUGCAGUUCAGUUCUGCAUUUUACAAGAGAGACAAGCUUUUAUUCAAGUACUUCCUGUUUACACUGGGGCACGCAUGCCCAGUGUACGCGAGUGGUCCCGUGAUGUUGGAACUUAUUCCCCCACAUUUUCAAAUAAAAACGUAGGAGUAUGGAUGUAGCCUGAGACGCCAACACUUAACACCCUGUCCUUUGUUUGUGUUCCUGCAUUUAUUGUUCCUCGUUUUUUCCCCCCUCUGACUUUUUAAGCUGAGGUGUUGCCACUGGUUCAUUCCUUUGUACAGUCGCUAACAUAAGUGAAGUUUUAAGAGGCCGCAGAAUUGAAAAAGGUUUUAUUUAUAAACAGUUGUAGUGACGAACAUUAAAUCACAAUGAUAUCCAUUUUCAUUUGCACCCAGUUCAGGAGUGGUGUUUCACAGACGUGGAGCACCUCAGUCAGCGCAGGGCAACAAGAGGUCACAAGGUCAAAUGUGAAAUGUAUGUAUUGUAAUAAACAUAUUAAACUAAAGCGAGCACUGGUUAUUUUAUUGGAAUAUUAGGUUUGGUCCAUACGCUAGUGCCUUGUUGAAAGUCUUAAACCUCAUUCACCUGAAAAGUCCCACGUUUUCUUUUCUCCUGUUUGACCAACGACAAAAAGAUCUUCAACAAGCACGUCAACACACAGGGUUGUUUUUGUAGCACGUCCCUCUCUGAUUUGUUUGGCCUCCGCUGAUGAGGAGCAGGGUCCUAUGCUGCAAAGCUGUUUUUAUUCUUUUCUUUUUGUUCCACCAUACUAUCUAUUGAGUCUAUAACUGAACUGCACCACACAUUCAGUAAAGGUGACCACAUCAUUGCUUUGUAUAUUGUUUCCUGAAGUAUAUUGACAAGUGAAAUAAAAUAUGCCUCUCCAGGGCCACGUUG